AUGAAUUCUUACCUGGAAUAUACAUCGUGUGGGGAUGUUGUAGCCUUCUCGCCCAAAUUCUGCCGAGGCGAGCAGAGGAAUGUCUCCCUGCAGCCAUAUCCAGGGAAUGGGGUGGACAGUCACUAUGCAGGGAGUUUACCGAUCGGUGUCCACCAAGCUUCUCAUCAGUCCUCAGCACUGUAUGCUCCGUGCAGCCUGGACGUUCCCUUUGAACCGAGCGCACCUGCUGACUACAAUUACCUACCAGUCAGCCCCGAUUAUGACUUUUCUUUUGGAUCUAGCCACCCCAUGGAGGACACUGGGGGCCACAUCCAGUACACCAGCUCUGUCUUCCCAGGGAACGGACCUUACUUUCUGAAUGGACAGCUCUCCUACAAAAGCCUUGGAGAAGACACUCAGGGGGGAACACGUAGGGAGCAUCUGGACCUCCACCCUGGGAACUUCCAAAACUUCUCCCCUUCUCCUGGCUCCUACCCCAAACCCAACUCCCCAGUCUCCGAGACACACAGCACGCUCAACACUUUUGAUUGGAUGAAAGUUAAACGGAACGCUCCUAAGAAAACUUCGCCUUCUGAUUAUGGAGUGACGAAUCCUCCCAGCACAAUGAGGACAAAUUUCACCACCAAACAACUGACUGAACUGGAGAAAGAAUUUCAUUUUAACAAGUACCUGACCAGAGCCAGGCGCAUAGAGAUUGCGAACUCCCUUCAGCUCAAUGACACCCAGGUGAAAAUCUGGUUCCAGAACAGGAGGAUGAAGCAGAAGAAAAGGGAAAGGGAAGGGACCUUACCCAGUCCCCCCAACCCAGGUACUGUCCCUAAUGUCCCGGUGGACUUUCAGCAGAAGGCAAUCCAAAAGACUGAGCCCCUUUCCCCAUCCAUUGAAGUCCCCUCAUCCUAGAGACACUUGCAGACCUGAUUUCAGGACGUCUGCUGCCUUUGCACUAUGCAAUGCUAUUGCUGUACUUUUCUGGGUGGCUGAAUGAUAAAGAACUCUGUAU